AUGUCUGAGGACGAAGUUUGGAUAGAUAUUUUGAAAAAGACAGCAUUGGCUGACAAUGCGUGUUACAGUGCGGGUAUUGCUUCAUUCGAAGACUGUGUUGUUAACACUGCAGCGCACGUGGACAAGCCAGGAAUAUUUUAUGAUGCCAUUUAUAAGGAGGGUUAUUCUGUGGAGGACAAAGAUACUGGCAAGUCCGUCGAGAUUGUCGAAGGCGCCACUAUCAAAUCUUGUUUUGAAACAAAAUCUUCCCCAACUGGUGUCUAUAUUGGCGGUGCCAAGUAUACUUUCAUAAGUUACGACAAAUUAGAUUCCACCGAUGGUAAACAUUCAUUUGAAGCAAUCAUUUUGGCUAGACCUAAGGGGGGCGCCCAUUUGAUUAGAACUCCGAAUGACAGCGUUGUUAUUGGAUUACACGAGGAAACUAGGGGACAAGACAAAACGAAUUCUAGACUCGCUUGCAUCAAAUUGGCUGAGUAUCUUGCGGAUAACGAUAUGUGA